AUGGCGCCUUCCCAGUUAAAACGACUAAAGGCCUCGCUACGUGAGAAAGGUAUCAUCGCCCAGCAACAGUCGAAGAAGCAGAAGAAGCAAAAUGCGAAGUCUGGCGCCACUGCCGCCAGCAAAGCCCACAGGCAUAAUGUGUUGCAAGAGCUACGAGAACAGUUCAACCCAUUCGAAGCGCGAGCACCAGCGCGGCCUUCAAAGUUUGCUGUCACGACCAGCAGGGGAACGUCUGAGACGGUGCGGCACCGUCCAGGCGUUACAAGAGGCCUAGGAGAGCAGAGGAGAAAAGACACCCUUUUGAAAGAAAUCCACGGCCGUAAUAAGAUCGGGAUGCUCCUUGAUCGGCGCUUUGGUGAAAAUGACCCUACGAUGACACCGGAAGAACGAGCAGCGGAACGCUUUGCGAGAGAAAGCCAGAAGCGAUUGAAGAAGGACACCAUGUUCAACUUAGAAGAUGAUGAAGACGACGAAAUGUUACUCACCCAUGGAGGCCAGGCGCUAAGCUUUGACCAGGCCCCAGGCGAUGAUUUUAAAGAGGAUUUUCUAAGUGCCUCAGAUGAUGGAAGCGACGCCGGGCGACGAAGUAAGCGAAAACGUGUUUUCGAGGAAGAUGAUAUGGAGGGGCUGGCAGGAGCUUCGGACGACGAUGAACAGCCCGGACGAAAGAAAUCAAAGCAAGAGGUCAUGAAAGAGCUCAUAGCUAAAUCGAAAUUAUAUAAAUACGAAAGACAGAAAGCAAAAGAAGAUGAUGACGAUUUGAGAGAUGCUUUGGAUAAGGGCCUUCCGAGCAUUUUUGAGAUGAUGAGAAGUACCCGAGCCCCGGAACCGCCUCGCCAAGAACUACCACCAGAACCGGCGAUGAAUCCAGAUCGUGCCGCCUUGCUGGAUGGUAAAGAUAGAGAGGUUGCAGAUAAGGAAUACGACCAGAGGCUAAAGCAGAUGGCUUUUGACAAACGCUCUAAGCCCUCUGACCGGACGAAAACCGAGGAGGAGAUCGCAGAAGAAGAGGCUAACCGAUUACGCGAACUUGAAAAAGAGAGACUAAAGCGAAUGCAAGGUGAAGACGAUGAAGAAUCCGCAAAUGAAAAUGGCCUAGACUUGGAGGGAGAUGAUGACGCCGAAUUUGACGAUGCCAAACAGUUCGGUCUACAUCAGCUCACGACACGGCCAGACCUGGAUGUCGAAGAUGAGGAUGAGUUUAUUCUCGAGGACGACCUAAUUGAGACCGGAUCUGCUGUGGACCUGUCGUUCGAUGAGAGCGAUGGUCAUGAGAGUGCAGUAGAGGAUGAGGAUGAGGAUGAAGAGGAUGACGAUUUUAUCAACGGUCUGACGCUUCCCCUAGGCACUGCAGGCGCAAACUCUCAUACAGCCGUGUCAAACGUUGAUAACCCAUCCCUGGCGUACACCUAUCCAUGCCCUUCAACGCAUGAUGAAUUUCUCAAAAUACUAGAGUGCGUGAAGACGGAAGAUUUACCAACGGUAGUGCAAAGAAUCCGUGCUUUACAUAACCCUAAGCUUCACCACGACAAUAAAGCUAAACUCGGAAGGUUCGCCAGAAUAUUGGUUGAACACACUGCCUACCUUACAAACCAUCCAGAACAUCCUCCAUUUGCUGUUCUGGAAAACCUGCUCCGUCAUAUUCAUUCACUAUCAAAGUCACACCCUGAAGAUGUGGCGAUUUCGUUCAGAGCCCAUCUUCGUGAAAUAAGGGAAUCUCGUGCCUUAAAUUUCCUUCCGGGAGACCUUAUUCUAUUGACUGGUAUUUCGACUAUCUUCCCAACCUCGGAUCAUUUUCAUCCCGUUGUUACGCCCGCAAUGCUUUCGAUAGCCCGAUACCUUGGUCAGGGUAAUAUUGAGUCGUUAGGAGAUAUUGCCACUGGAACAUACGUGGCAAGUUUGUGCCUGCAAUAUCAAGCACUCUCAAAACGAUACAUUCCAGAACUUAUCAAUUACGUAUCUAACGCUUUGUGCCUCCUGACACCAGCUCCAUCAAGAAAUGUACCCCUGAUGUUUCCCGUACGACAACCUUCAACAUCAAUGCUACUCGACAUUGCAAAUGGGGUCGGUGAAGUGAAAAAGCCUGGGUUUUGGGAUGUUCUUGCGGAUUCAUCUCUGGAAAAAGGAAAAGCGGAAGGCUUAAAAGUGUCACUUAUCCAGUCCCUGGCUACCAUUAUUGAUGUUGCCUCGGACUUGUGGGCUGAGAAAUCUGCGUUUUUCGAGGUCUUCACUCCUGUUCAAGCGUUGCUCAAGCACGUUCAACAAUAUAUUGCUGGGAAGGUGCCUGUAGGUUUAUCCGCGCAUAUCCAGCAGGUAUGCGAUAAUGUGGCACUUCGCCUCAAGAAGGCUCGACGCAGUCGUCGGCCUCUGCUUCUCCAUAACCACCGACCGCUAGCGAUCAAGACAGCGAUACCUAAGUUUGAAGAGUCAUUUAAUCCAGAUAAACAUUACGACCCUGACCGCGAGCGCGCCGAGCUCAGCAAAUUGAAGGCAGAGCAUAAACGCGAACGGAAAGGCGCCAUGCGUGAGCUACGCAAAGAUGCCAAUUUCAUUGCGCGUGAGAGUCUGCGGGAGAAACGCGCUCGCGAUGCAGAGUACGAGCAAAAAUACCGCCGUCUUGUGGCGGAAAUUCAGAGCGAGGAAGGGCGCGAGGCAAAGGCAUACGAACGAGAGAGAAGAAAGCGCAAGGGACGACAGUAG